AUGGUUAAUUUAGGCUUUUGUCAGAAAGGUUCAACAUGUAAAUAUAUCCAUGACAAGAACAAAAUAAAGAUAUGUCCUUUAUUCUUAAGUGGUAAGUGUUUUAACAGGAACUGUUUAUUAUCCCAUUCAUGCAAUGACAACAACACUGCCAUGUGUCGAUAUUUCUUGGAAUAUAAGUGCCAUAACUCCAAUUGCAAAUAUAGACACAUGAAACCUCCUCAUUAUGAUGAUCCAAAUUAUGAAAUUUGGACAUGUCGACCAUUCGCAAUUGGAGGUUGGUGUCCUCGAGGGAAAAGAUGUCCAUUCUUGCAUUUACCAAAUUGUCCUGAUUUUGAAGAGAAUGGAUAUUGUUCACGGAAGCAAGAAUGUCCAUUUAAUCAUCAAGUGACUUUGCGUACGCAAGAACAAAUAUCUACUCGUUCAAACAAGUAUAUCCGAGAAGAGGUAGAAGUUGAAACACAAAAAGAUGACAAACCGGAAAAGAUAAUCAUCAGUAGUUAUACAGUUGAUCCCGAAGUUUUAUUCAUCAACGACACAACUAGCAAUUACCAGUAUUACAUUGACAAUACCGCGCAAGAAUUAAGAUCCAAAGAAGAUGCACCUCUGAGUGAGUUUUUGAUUGAAAUUUCAGACACAGAAUCAGAGUUUUCCUUAGACGAAGACCAACUAGAAGGUAAUGAUGAUUAUGUAAGUAUAUGA